AUGCAAGACGCCUGCAUGUACUCAGACGAAUACACCCUGCCUGUCAUCCGCUGGAUUUGCAGACGCUAUUAUCACAUUUGCCAGAGCAUCCACCCCGUGACCGAGUUCCUCCUCAGCACCACCUCGCGCAGCUCACGCUCCAUCGAUAAAGAAACCACCAACCCCAUCCUGCUCCACUUAUCGGCACAUGAGCCGGCAGACACGGCCGCAACCGAAAUCGCCUACGAGAGCCGUAGCCCCACCAUGAGUCGACAGUGCUACACCUCCAGCUCUCUCCUGGGAAGACGGGGCUUCUCCUCCGCGAUUCCCUCCGGCGGGACCUGCCGCAGCGGGGUCUAUGGCGGCGCCGGCAUUGGACGUUGCGGCGUGGCUUACGGCGGAGGCCGCUUUGGCGUGGGCACGGUCGUGGGGUUUGGUAACUGCGGAAGCUACGGGGGCCUGGGCAGCUACAGAGGUCUCGGGGACGGCGUGGCUAUCGGAGGCUACGGUGGCGGCAUGGGCAUCGGCCUCGGCGGAGACCCCGAGGAGUGCCAAGUGCGGACCCACGAGAAAGAGCAGAUCAAGAACCUCAACAACCAGUUCGCCUGCUUCAUCGACAAGGUCCGGCUGCUGGAGCAGCAGAACAAGGUGCUGACCACCAAGUGGGAGCUGCUGCAGCAGUAUGUCCUCCCAGCCUCCAGGAGAAACCUGGAGCCCGUUUUCGAGAACUUCAUCUGCAACCUGAGGAAGCAACUGGAGUGUGUGCUGGGGGAGCGAGAGAGGCUGGAAAACGAGGAGCGGUGCCUCAGGGACCUGGUUCAAGAGUACAAGUGCAAAUAUGAAGAUGAGAUCAACAAGCGCACGGCUGCAGAGAAUGAGUUUGUGGUGCUCAAGAAGGAUGUGGACUGUCUCUACCUGACCAAGGAGGAGCUGGAGGUGAGAGUGGGCCUCCUGCGGCAGCAGCUCGAGUUCCUGAAGUGCAUCUACGCUGAGGAGAGAGCUCAGCUGGAUUGCCAGCUGUGUGACACCUCUGUCAUCGUGCAAAUGGACAACAGCCGGGACCUGGACAUGGAGGGCAUCAUCAAAAGUGUUGAGUGCUGCUACGAAGAGAUUGCCCAGAAGAGCAAGGCUGAAGUGGAGGCUUUCUACCAAACAAGACUGGAGGAGCUCCACAGCAGCAGGGGCAAGUUCUGCGACGACCUGAGAAACAACCAGAGCGAGAUAGCCGAGCUGAACCGGAUGAUCCAGAAGCUGCAGUGUGAGUCGGAUAACGUGAAGAAACAGAUCGCAGCUCUGCAGACGGCCAUCUGCGACGCUGAGCAGCGGGGCGACUGCGCCCUCAAAGAUGCCCGGCAGAAGCUGGUCGACCUGCAGACUGCCCUGCAGCAAGCCAAGGACAAGAUGGCCUGCUUGCUGAGAGACUACCAGGAGCUGCUGAACGUCAAGCUGGCCCUGGACAUUGAGAUUGCCACUUACAGGACACUGCUGGAAGGAGAAGAGAGCAGGUAG